ACGGUACUGUUACGGGGGAACAUUCACUUCAACUUUUUCGUUCAACAGUAUUAAUUUACUCCGUAUUAACUUGUAAUGUCGAGCGCAGAAACUAGCAUUCUCCAUCCGGUCGAAACUCGAUCAAAAUCGAUGCAAGAAUACAAAUCCUGUCAAGAUGGCGAUGCCAAUAAUUCAGCUUUAAUGACCGAAUUUCCUCCUAGCAGUGAACCAACACCCACGAUGCAAAAAUUAUCCCGCAGGCUCAUGCAACUCAUAUUACGGUGGUCCAACACCCGCUGGUUAUGCAGAUUAUACAGAUCGAUUUUCAAUGGGAUAUCAGAGAAUGGGUCCGACAAUAACUUUGACAAGCCACAAAAUUCAAUUUGGAUGUCAGCAAGCGCCUCCUCCGCCUUCUUACGGCAGGCAACGAUCAGACGAACCAGUUUUGCGACAUGACCAUUGUCUUUUGCAACCUGCACAGGCGAAAUCUUGGGCUGAUACAUCAGUUGAACAUACUCCGGCUCCACCCACGACUUCAGCUCCUACGAAACCCAACAACAGAGGAAGAACAACUUAUUCUGAUGCACAGAUUGCCGAAUUGGAAGGGGUGUUUCAUAGUAAUCCAUAUCCAACUGCUCAAACGCGGCAACACCUUGCUUGCAAAAUUGAUGUUCCUGAAGGAAAAGUUAAGAUAUGGUUUCAAAAUCGUCGAGCGAGAGCCAAGAAGAUAAAGAUGGGUUGUGGAGGAGGAAAUUGGCGAACUGGCCAUAACGAAUCGAAAACUACCGAUGAGCAUACAAAUCAAAAUAACAACAAUAUGAAAUCCGAUUGCAGCAAACUUUCAUCAAUUGACUCUUCUUCCAUUUCAAUCAAUUCACUUUUACCUUUACCUACAAAACCUAUAAUUGCUGCCAGUAAGUGGCCAGGGUCCUCCUGCAUGCAUCCGUGGAGAGCACCUUACCAUCCCGAAGCCAGUCACUCAUGCAGAAUGCAUUCACAUCCCCAGCCUUAUUGUUCUGGACAUUCGGGAUGCUCAUGCGCUCCAACUGGGCCAAGAAAUGUCAAAAUGUGGAAUUGGGGUUCUGGAAAUUAUAUGCCACAGCCUUGCCAUUCAAUGUACAAACCUGAGUUGGACGAUUACAGAAACCCUGCCCAUAAUUCAUGGGAUUCCCAUUGUGCUUUCGGGAACGCGCCUGACAUUGUAACAAAGACGUCAAAAGUUCGAUUAAACGAUUCAAGUAUAAGUAAUGGCGAAGAAAAUACUUCUAAUACGUCAAAACAUGAAAACCCCCACGAUACAUCUGCAUCCGAGACAGAACAGAUGAAUACAUCGGAGAGAUUUUCUGAGAGCGCCAAGAUUAUUAAUCCUUAUGACGCCGAAACGUGUUCCAUUGCACCGACGUACAACUCGACAUUUUUAUCCGGGAAUAAUGCCGCAAGAGAGACGACAAGCAAUGGAAGAACUAUCCAGCCCACCACCAAUUCGAAGACUAAUUUUUCCAUUCCAUACUCUUACUGAUGUUAAAUCCGUAAAACCGGAAGCAGGGACAAUGGGAUCUUCUCCUUACCCUACCGUUUACACGAGGCCGCUCACGACGCCAUCAGAAAGUGGAUAUAUUGUUGGACCGAGGGGAUAUCAAAAUCCAACUUCUGCCCAAUUCAAUAUCCAGGCAAUUAAAAUUCCAGAUUCCUACCAGCCUUAUCCAUACCUUACCACAACAUCGCGCUACUCAGACGCCACUCAAUAUAAUCUUGAGUCAGAUGGAUACAAUCAUGCUUAUCACAUGGCAAGCAAGUGGAAUCCUCACUGUCCCGAAACAAAUUCUUAUCAUAUUCCGCCAGCGGCCGUAGAUGACGAAAAUCGCCAAAACUCGCUAAAUGACCAAGAUAAAGCCGUCAGCGACGACGGCGAGGCAACUGAUGACGCAGUUGAUGAAGUAGGAAUGAUGGAGGGUGAUAAACAGGACGAAAGAGCCCAGGACGUUAAAUCGUUUUGUUACGACACAGAAGGGUCACAAAAUUUUUCGGCUGACUGUUGGACAAAUCGUCCAUCAACCUCAAGCAUUUUGGUAAAAGCAAUGGAAUUUGCCACAAAUGAAGGUGUGGAUACUAAGGACGGCGUUGAAGAUAGUAAUGAAAAUAGGAUUUCUGGACUUGCUAGUGAUGUAAUACCACCUGUCGAUUCAAGCGCGGUUUGGUCCAACCAACUCAUAAAUGGAAUGUAUCCAUCGGUAUCCGCUUCUAUGGUUGGGUGAGAGCGUUUAUAUUAUGCGACUGACAAUUAUUUCUGCAAAAUGUUUUCAGAAAAUUCUUUUUAAUUUUCAUAAUUGUUAAUUUCUUCUUAAUUGCCAAAUUAAGUUUUUCACAUACGCUUGCCAUGUUCCAUUGUUAAUGAACUUUUGUCUUUUGUAUUUGAUCUGUAUUUUCUAGCUGACAAUCAAUUUCGGUGCAAUAUUGUAUAGCUAGAUAAAAUAAACUUGAUUUGGGUAUUCACUGAAAAGCUAGGUAUGCAUUGUUGUUCCUCUUGCUGGUGACAAAUUGCUUUCUCAAUCUCUUGACUUGUGUUCCUGUUACGGUGUAUCGCGUUUGCGCCAGGGUUUUGGUGGUAAUUUUAAGUCAAACAUUUACUUUGUCCAGUUCUCUAAUAUUAUGAGUUGCGGUUUAAUAUCGAUACGUUACAGUUGUACAUAGAUAAUAACUGAAUACAUCAUAAAUCAAUUUGUUCUCACUAUUUUUAUGGAUGUGGAUCGACUUUCUCAACUCAAUUUUUUCAAUCUAAUUUAUCUUAUUCCUUGUAAUCCAAUUUUCAUUACGAACAAAUUUGUAUUUUGUACACAACUUUUCAAUGCGAAACAUGAAUAUGGGUUAUUUAGUACCUAUCCAGCCAUAUAUUGAUCAAGUUCAGCUAUCUGUCAUGGAUGCAUGAUGAAAAUAAAAUCAAUUUAUUGAUGAUAAAAUAUUAAUCACGAGGUAAUACCAUCAAAAACAUGCUCGAGAUAAUUGUAAAAUAUAACAUUCCAUAUUUUUUAGUACGCUGGGUGUUUAGUCGAAAAUCAGUCCGUUCAGCACCCGCAACACAAUGGCCCAUAAGUGAAAUUUUAUUGUUAUUCGUUAUCACUGUCAAGAAAUAUCGUCCAUACAAUGUUUACUGGCCUACCUUGGUUAGGUUUGUACACGCUACCAUUCGUUACUGUCACAAUCUAUUAUUUAAUUAUUGUACUACUUUAUUUUUGCCAUCUUAUGAAAUCAAUCACGAGUUUCCAUUGCCAAUCAUUUAUGUCGCACUAAUAAACUAUUCGUUUAACUUGGGGAAAUAAAAAGACAAUCACGAAAUAUUA